ACACACACACACACAUUUUCUCUCUCUCUCUACCCCGGAGCAUGAUCAGUGGGCUCGGUAACUUAAACAGACCAACGUGCCCCUCCAGAGCAGACUGAGGGCCAUCGAAGGGUGGAACGAUACGAGUGCGCGGACAUUGACCAAGCUUUCAUCCCAUAACACACACAAACAUUGGGACUGUUGUUUCCUGAACACCGCGCGUUUGUGUGAGUUGGAUCUGGUUUUUACACAUUCCGUCAUUUAACGGAGUUCUUCGCUUCGGUGGUGUUUUUUUCCAGUCACCCUAAUGAAACUGAUUUAAAAGACCCGUUUUUCUGCGUAGCUCGGGCGCGCGAACUUCGCUCCAGUCGGAUUUUCGCACCUGGAUUGUCAAGGAAACGGACUGGCGCUGGUGGAUGCCGAGGGGCAGCAGGAGCAGGAGGAGAGGAGAGGUCCCGCAGAAGCCGGCAGACUGUCCCGAGCGUGAACGGGAAUGGUGCAGACGGUGCGCGGAGAUGGUGUUUGCUGAGACUAUGCGUGCGGGGACGUGCGUGUAGGUGCACGCGCGCUGCGCUGCGAACCCAGACCGUCCUUUCGGAUCCCCGAUCGGAACCCGUGCACCUGGAGGAUCGAAGAAGUUGUCCGAGAGGAUUAUUACAGGGGGAGACCCGGACAGAGGACACUGACACCUGGGCUGAGUGUGAUGCUGGGAUAUCUGGAUUUUUACACCACUGGAUUUAUCAUGCUUUUUACGAACGUGUUCGGCGUCCUGCUUUUAUUAGAGGAAGUGGCUCGCUCCCUGGCUGUGGCCUCCGCCCUGUCGGGGACUGGCACUCCGGGCUGGCGGACCCCAGUGGACUGCGUGAAGGCCAGCGACAUGUGCAACCAGAGCCCCCAGUGCAGCUCGCGCUUCCGCAUCAUGCGGCAGUGCCUGGUGGGUCGUGACCGCAGCACCAUGCUGGCAAACCGUGAGUGCCAGGCAGCGCUGGAGGUGCUGCAGGACAGCCCGCUGUAUGACUGCCGCUGCAAGCGUGGUAUGAAGAGGGAGCUGCAGUGUCUACAGAGUUACUGGAGCAUCCACAUGGGGCUAACUGAAGGCGAGCAGUUUUACGAAACAUCUCCCUAUGAACCCAUGACGUUUCGUGUUUCGGAUGACUUCCGACUGGCUUCUAUCAUCUCAGGAAUGGAUUCAGCUGCUGUGAAAAGCAACCCGUGUGCAGACUCAUCGAAGCCAUGCAACCCCUGUCUGGAUGCAGCCAAGGCCUGCAACCUGAACGACACCUGCAAGAAGAUGCGUUCACUCUACAUCUCUGUGUGCUCGAAAGGCGUGUUUGGUGGCGGGACAGGGAGUGGGACUGGACGUCUGCCAAUAGGUGCUGAGCCCUGCAACCGCAAGCGCUGCCACAAGGCACUGCGCCAGUUCCUUGACCGCGUGCCAUCGGAGCACAGCUACCGCCUGCUCUUCUGCCCGUGCCGUGAUCAAGCGUGCGCUGAGCGCAGACGGCAGACCAUCGUGCCCGCAUGCUCGUACGAGGAGCGUGGGAAGCCCAACUGCCUGGAACUACGCAGGACCUGUCGAUCUGAUCCCCUCUGCAGGUCAAGGCUGGCAGAUUUCCACAUGAACUGUGAAAUGACUGUCCAUUCUAUCACCAGCUGCCCCAAUGAUAACCACCAGGCAUGUUUGGCUUCGUAUGUCGGCGUCAUUGGGACUGACAUGACACCUAACUAUGUGGAUGCGAGUCACACCAACUUCACCAUCUCACCGUGGUGCACGUGUCGGGGCAGUGGCAAUCAGGAAGAGGAAUGCAUGGCCUUUCUUAGAGACUUCCGGGAAAACACCUGCUUAAGAAAUGCCAUUCAAGCCUUUGAGUAUGGCUCUGAUCCCAGCCUGGUCCCCGUGCCUCUGCCAGCCACUCCUUCACCAAGGACUUUCAUUGGACCAACAAUCAUCUCUGCAUCAACCCCUGCCCUCUUUGGACCUGAUGCCAAUGGCUGUCUUUUCUCAGACUGCGCCAGCCUUGAGACUCCACUGGAUCUCAUCACGGAAAGUUCGGGUACCUCUCAGGAUGUUGGGGACGAUCAUUCAAGUGGGGAUCAGACUUGCACCCACCCUUGGAUGACCGUUCUGUCCUGCUUGAUGGUCAGACUGGCUCUCUGAGGUGACUGUACCGGUAUGCUGUUGAUGGACUUGGUAAUCGGGGGCAGGACAUAGAAAUUGCGCUCCCAUUGAAGCCCUUCCGUACCUCUGCUGUCACUCUACAACUUUCUUUAUCUAGUGUCACAAACCACAAACAGGGAUGCCACACAGGAGGAGAAGUUUCGUUCUCAACCUCUCUUCCAACAGCUGAGAAGAACACUGGAAAGACAGGCAAUUCAGCAGCUCCCAGGUUCCAAAGUUGAAAUGCAAAUGGAUAAUGGUGCCAAUGACACUGAGAUUGGUCUCCUUAGUAAUCGCCUGCUACGGCCUUUAAUUUCACCUUCUGACAGGGAUCAGUGUUCCCUCUCUCUCAAAUUGCAAUGCCUAACACACACAAUAAAAAACCCCUCUGUACUGAGGAGGGCCAAAGGACCCAUCCUCCUCACUCCUCCCAGCCAAUCACUGCAGGGCUUCAGUGAUUUCAUGUUCUCUGUCCAUUUUCCAUAUGGAUCCAGUCCACACUUUGCCAGAUGACACACUAUUACUUUUCAGUCAAAAUUUUUUCUUGGCUUAUAUUUUUUGUUUUUCUUUUUUAGAAAUUCAACAAAGACUAUUCUGUUCAUCCAGUGAUUAAUGCUUUUUUAAAAAGAUUUAUUCUCUGAGUAAAGUGAUUUUGGAAGAGCUUCAUGCACAAAUCUUUAUUCUUGCUUCAUAGUGUAGAAUGAAAUCCCAAGUAUUAUCUUGCAGACCUUCAGUUCCAGGACUGCAGUGACAAAUUUAAAAAUUAAGAGUGAGAAAUUAACCAGAAAGUUCCAGUUUGGGAAAGGAAGUCAGCUGCUUUCCAACUUCAUAGCAUACUAUUCUGUCAAUGAGAGCAGAUGACGAUAAUCCUUAUCCAGUGUACAUAUACAAAAUCUUUGCUCAAAAUAUAAAUAUAUAACACGUUAAGCAGAAGAAAGCUCUGAGGUGGGGCUAAAGUUUGCUCAAAAAAAGAAUAUGAAGGUACGAAUGUGAGUCACUUUCAUCAAUCAGCAAUGGAGGGUAACAGUGCCAGUAAUUCUCCUCUUUGGCUGUUAUUAUGUAUCUUUUUUUCUUUUUUUUUUUUUAGUUUUUCGUCUACAGAGACUUGGAAUAUGUUUAAAAAAAAGGAGAAAAAAAAUCACAGAAAGCUCCAGGGACAGGCGAGCUGAGCUCCAUUUGCUGAGAAAGUAAAUUAUCUAUGUGUUCUGUAGUGUGCAAUCUAUUGCGUGGCCUUACUUGUUCCUCCUCUCGUUCUCUUUUUUCUUAUGUAACGACCCCUGACAUUCACAGCAAGCGACUGAUGGGCAGGAAAAUUUAAAAAAAAAAAACAAACCAAAAAAAAAAAACGCUGAUGGGGUUUUGGAAGUUUCUCAAGAAAUGUACUUGAGCAGAAGUCUAUUAUAUUAACAUUCCAAUUCUUUGACAAAAAAAUGACUGAAGCUGUUGUUUUUUCAAGUUAUUGUUUUACAAUGUUUGGCUUUAAGGUUGAGCUAGCAGCCUUACUAGCGAGCUAGCUGGAAUUCGGUGUCUGACCUUUUACUCAACUGCUUCCUAAUCUUUUGUGUAAUUAAAUAACACUGAAUAAAUAAGGUAGA